AUGACCACCGAUAAUUCGAACGAACCGUUCUACGUUCGAUACUAUUCCGGCCAUUCUGGACGUUUUGGUCAUGAAUUCCUUGAGUUUGAUUUUCGAGUGAUUGGGGAUGGGAGAAGUGCGACCGCGAGAUAUGCAAACAACUCCAAUUACCGCAACGAUUCACUCAUUCGCAAGGAGAUGUGUGUCAGUUCCCUCCUCAUCGCCGAGAUCAAGCGCAUCAUCAAAGACAGCGAAAUAACCAAAGAAGACGAUUCGCGGUGGCCACAGAAGAACAAAGAUGGCAGACAAGAACUGGAGAUCAGGCUUGGUAGCGAUCACAUUCAAUUCGAGACCGCAAAGAUUGGUUCUCUCGGGGAUGUGUCCGAUUCGGCUGACCCGGAGGGUCUGCGUGUCUUCUACUACCUAGUUCAGGACCUGAAGGCAUUGGUCUUUUCGCUCAUAUCGCUGCAUUUCAAGAUCAAACCCAUCUGA